AUGGAUGAAGAUAAACCUCCACCAACCUAUGAAGAGGCCAUUGGUUUGAAUAGUCCACCGUAUGGAAGUACAGGUAAUUCAUACCAGGCACCCAAUACCUCACAAAAUCAUUCUAGACCUCCAAUCCCUCCUCCGCAUCCACCCACAAUGCCAUCAAGGCCCCCAGAUCAACCACCUAGACCCAGCGAGAAUGAUAUAUAUACUGCUAAUCUAAGUCUACCCUGGAGGUAUAGAAAAGGUGUUUUUUGCAAGAGAUGUAAGAAUACAGGUUACAAGCCUGAUGGAAAAUACUGUACCAAUUGUUGGGAACAAUACUAUUUAAGAAAGAAUGCUUAUAAUCCCAAUCCAAAUUUACAUUGGAAAUACCCCAAGAGCUACUAUUGUUCGAAAUGUAACAAUACCGGUACCAAGACAAAGAAUGGUAGGAGCUGUAAGGAUUGUUAUGAAAGAUUCGCCCCUCGUAAUGGAGUACGAGUAUCUUCAUCGACAUCUUAUGAUUUGUUCGGGUCCACUACAACCACGAAUUUUUUCACUCCUGGUCCAUCAUCAGCCAAUUAUUCAGGCCCUAUACCAAAUCAAUUUUUCAACCAGUUUCCUGGCGGACCACCACCUGGCCAAUUCCAAUCUCCACCUCCACCUCCAAUCCGAGUACGACCUGGGGAUCCUCGUUUAGGUGGAGCUUUGUGUGGCCGUUGUAGAGGCUCUGGUGUUGUUCAUUUUUUGUUGGACGAAGACCUUUGUCCCGUCUGUAGUGGUGUUGGUAGGUUAUUCCGUUAG